UGGGGGUUUAGAAUCAGCUCUCUUAGGGGUAUUACGGUAAUGACAACUCCGUGACUAUGUCAUCGUUAGAUGAGAGCCAGUUGGUCACGCACAUCGAGACUCGCACUGAAACGAAGCGAGAAACGAACCCACCUUCACUGCUGUCGUGUACUUUACAUUUCCUAUCUAUUCCAAAAAAAGCAUUUAGUUGUGAGAAAAGGUUACGAAUUGAUUGAUUCCUAUCUCACACUGUAGGGAGUUAGUUUCAUCCAUUGCCUGCUGCUCGACCUCAAAAGGAAAGUGUUUUUUUCUCCCCAGAAAAGUUCGGAAAAGGUGUUUGUCACGACUACCCUUCCUCCCCCAAUGUCUUCCGAAGCCACGCCCAUCCAGGGGUCAGUAUCCCCAUGCUCUACGACCCCUCCCCUGACCCCUAGGUCCCCUGGCUCCCCGGUCUCUCCGGUGUCCCCUGGGUCCCUGCGCCCGCCAGGCUCCCAGCACCGAGACCGCUCCCCCAUGAGAGGUUACCUCAUACCCAGCCCCCUGCCCACCAGACGUACUAGGACCUGCUCAGCGGCGGAGCGUGCAGCGGAGGGUCCAUCGUUCAGCGGCGUAUGUAAGUGUUUCUCUCGCACUAAAGGACACGGCUUCAUCACACCAGCCGACGGAGGCAGCGACAUCUUUGUCCACAUCUCAGAUAUCGAGGGGGAAUACGUGCCAAUGGAAGGAGAUGAGGUGAGCUAUAAGGUGUGCUCCAUCCCUCCCAAGUACCAGAAGAUCCAGGCGGUGGAUGUCACCAUCACCCACCUCAACCCAGGAUCGAAGCACGAGACCUGGGGUGGGGCGCUGCUCAGCUCCUCCUGAAUCCUGGAGGUCACUAGAGGGGAGAAAUGUCAACAGGGAGAAAAGUUGUGGUUUUUGUCCCUUUUUUUUUUUUGAAGGGACAUAUGGCUUCAUGCUUGUUGUGGGAGGAAAUGGAAAGGUUGGUAUUUGAAUGGGAAGACAUGUAUUAUUAGACAGGAAGGUUUAUCAAAUAAAUCUGUAUUACUGCAACAAUA